GAUACUCUCGAAACUUUUGUCAAGUUAUUGUUAGUCAUGUAAGUUAAGCAACGAAGAGCGAGCCCACAGCUUAAUGGUUCGUUCUCAAGUUUCCAUGUGGAAUAUAGAUAUAGUUAUUUUACGCGGAAUGAUUUCAGCUCAUUAUAAAGGUAAAGUGUCCUCCGAUGAAGAUGAUGAUGACCACGGUUCACGGUCAUCUCCGCCGGAGCCUUCGGUUCGGACGCAGAGUCUCCCGUUCAGCGUCGAAGCCCUUAUGUCGAAGAAAGGAAGGAGUGAAUCAACUUCACAGGAACUCAUUCAGAUGCCAUGCAUGAUAAAUAAGGACGAUCGAUCCGUGAAAUACUCAGUGGAUUCGUCCAAACGUUGUGAAUCUGUGAAAGAGGACUUUUCCUGGAUCAAUAAACCCAGAUUAUCAACAUCACCACGACCUCCGAGUCCCGCAACAUGCACUCUCAGGAAGCACAAGACGAACCGUAAACCCCGAACACCUUUCACCACUACUCAGCUCUUGGCCCUCGAACGGAAGUUCCGUCAGAAGCAAUAUCUGUCUAUCGCAGAACGCGCUGAAUUUUCCAGCUCUCUCAGCCUGACGGAGACACAAGUGAAGAUCUGGUUCCAGAACCGAAGAGCAAAGGCCAAGCGACUGCAGGAGGCAGAGCUGGAGAGGCUCAAAAUGACCAGCAAACCCAUCUUGCAUCCUGGCCUCACUCUACCGUUUCCACUCUGUACGCAACCCCAGACAGCAGCUCUAUUGUGUGGACAGUCUUUCCCUUUCAGCAGACAUAUGCUGCCCUUUGCACCUGUAGGAAUAUACUCCAUGCCGGUGGGUUACAGUAUGUGUCCUUUGUCCAAAGACGGCUACUCUGUGGAGCCAGUCUAGAGGAUCUAAACUAUUGCAUCAAUAUUAACUUUUCACGGAAACACUUCUGGUUUAUCUGCUGGACUGACAUUUGACACAUCAACAUGGGUUGUCAUAAGAUUUUAUAUAUGCACAGGAUUACUUUUUACACUAAUUUCUAUUUUUAAUUUUUGUGACAUUAAUUUACUUUGGAAACCACAAAGAACAAAUGAAAUGUAGACUUGCAGGUUUAAAGUCCCCCUGUGGUGAAAAUCAUGUUUUUAAUGUUGUUUUUAUGUCAAUGUGGUGUUUUUAAUAUGCUUUAAGACAAACCAUGUGCAAGUCAACACGAUUGCUGAGUAUUUUCUCUUUAAAACCAACCCAAUCUCACAUCAAUUCGUACGUAUUUUACGCUAAUUCGUACGACCUAACUGUACAUUUUUUGCUAAAUCGUAUGUAUAUUACGAGUUGCCAAAUUCGUAUGAAUUCAUACGAAUGUCCUACCCCUAACCCCGCCCCUAAACCUACCCGUCACUGGGGUUUAGACAAAUCGUACGAAUUCAUACAAAUUAGCCACCUCGUAAAAUACGUACGAAUUGGUUUUGAGAUAGCAUUGGUAAAACUGCAGUGAUCUAAAGACAGUUUCAAAAACAUGGUUUGAAAUCGCUGGUGUUUCUGACGUCACAAACUACCUUGUAACAAAUCACGUCAAUGUGGGGGCGGGCUUUAGCAUAUCAUUAACUGACCGCACAAGGGAGUCUCAAGAAAAGCCAUGGUUAUCCCAGUAUAUUUUUCUGUUGAUAUGAAAAAUUGGGUAGAUUUAUCAAUAUAGCGGCUAUGAUGAACUAUAUGCCUUUCUCCACUGACAAGUUGUUCAAAGCGUUUAUAAGGAUAUUGAUUUUUAGAAAGCAGCUGUCUGACUCUGAGAUGAUGAACGGGAACAUGGUAACAUUAGCAACACAUUAUUAGCUGUUUGAUAAUGUAGUCAAGCAAAAGGCUAAUCAUAUUAGUGUUCAACGCUGUAAAAAGCGAUACCAGUGUGCAGCGUUUACCACUGACCGAGUGGAUCUCUGAGCUCAUGCGAGCGAGUGGAGGCGGGGCUAAUUAUCAUAUUCAUAGAUCCGUGUAUAAUAAAUGAGGCAAGGGUGUCGAGUUACAUUCAAGCUAUUUUAAGGCAUUAAGAUUUUUUUUCCACAGGAAAAAACUUUAAAAAUGUCAUUUUGGUGAUCAAAGAUGAGUUUUAAGGGAUAAAAUUAUUGACUACAGGGGGACUUUAAUUUUUCUGAUUUUUAUGUGUUCUUGUAACUUUUCUUAAAUUUCCAGGGUAUUUUAGGAUAUUAUAUUACCCAAUGUUUUGCAUUAAAAUAUUGAUCUAAGUGUGAUUUUGAGUCACACUAAAGAAAAUGUCAAAUAUAUUAAUUAUUCUACCACAUCAACUUAGAAUAAAGUAUAUUUGUAUAAUGAA